CGCUUGCCCACCCCCAACGUGGAUCCAAUCCCUGCUUCUCCAUGCCAGCCCCGUCCAGCCACCUCCUACCAAUAUGGCAUGAUGUUAUCUCUGGAGGUGACUGUGCCUCUACAAGCCACAGGCACCAGUCCUAUAGCGGCGUGGAUGCAAUCAAGAUGGGUCAUGCACAGUGCCGCCUAG